UUAAUAACUGAAAUGAAAUUUAAAGCCCAACUUUGGUUGCACUCGGUCCAACCGACCAGCAGGAUAGAGGUUUUAAGUAAUAACCUUGCUUAUAAUAUUAAAAUAAUAAUCAUAGGCAGUACUUGGAGGUAGGAGUGGGCAAUGGGCGGGUUGGGUGGGUUUUCGUCUUAAAUUGACUCAUCUGCUUACUAGCGGGUUGGAUGGGUGGCGGAUGGGUGCGAUUGGGCCGUGGGUUAAUCCGCAAAAACAAUUCUCCAACUAGCUAUUAAGAAAGUUGACUAACAUUUAUAAUGGAUAUUAACAAUAAUUUGCAUUCCAAUAUCCAAUAAAUGGAUAUUACACAGCAAGAUAACCAAUAACAGUAGUCAAAAGUAUUAUUUAUUCUCCAGAUCAAGAAGUAUAUGGUCAUACCGUAGUGCGGUUUGGAAAUAUGAUGAAUAUUCGAUACUAUAAGUAAUAACAUUUUUAUGUGAAAAUAGGAAGCAGGUCAUUCGGGUAACCUGCAAUCCACCCAAGUGCGACUAGGAGAAUUAUCAAUCUGCAAUCCACCCAUAUCAAUCAUCCACAGUUUGUGGGUUAGAUUAUUUGCGGGUGGAUCGAUAUCAAUCUGCGAAUUAUACACCCACAGACCCACCCCUAGUUGGAGGAUAAGAUCACAAGAGAUUUAGAUGAAUCAAACAAAUAUACGCAUAGAAAGAUUAAAGGAGGGGAAAUCAUUAUUGCAGCAAUUAAAUAUAUGUCCCACACAAUAGUGACAAAGAUUGUACAACUCACUUCCCUUCAUAUUUGGGCAGCAGCUAGUUUAGCUUAGCUUCACACCAUAUAAUGACACCGGCACCCAUUUCCAAGUUCAUGAUGUGGUGAAGGCCAAGGAAGAGAGAAGAAUCACCAAAACCCAAGCAAAGCAAAGCAAGCAAACAAGCAAGCAGCUCAACAUUAAAGACAAAACCUGCCCAGCCCUACCUCUACUUGUUUUCAUCUUCAAUUUCUAUGUUUUUCAUUGAAUUCGUUUACCAUUUUUCAUGCACAACCGACUUGUGGAGCUAACACUUCAUUCUAAAUUCUUCAGGGCAUAUUUCACAUUUGAUUAUUGGGUACUUCUGGUUUCGAUCCCAAACAUUUCCCACUAAACAACAGCACGUAUUUCUAUAGUUUAUUAAUACGACGUGUGUUAGUUAAUUUACGAACAAGAAUUUUACUAUGUUUUAUCGAAUACAAGUUACAUAUGAAUUGAUAAAAAUAUAUAUAAUACAUUCACCAAAUGAUGUAAUCUAAUUUAACUUGAAAUUCAAGGAAAAGAUUACACAACAAAUCCAAAACAGUAAAACAUAUGUCUAUCAACCCAUACAUUUAGACUUUCAAAACAGAUAAUUCAACUUCAAGUCAUAGCAUCACAUGCCUUCUAAUAGAUUUAUCAUUAACUAAUGUAAAUAUAUUCUAAUUGAAAACUAAUUAAGUAGAAUGGAGGCAUGGAGCAACGAUAAAUCAACUUUCAGUGUGUAUUUGCAUGUCUGUUUUUCUAGAGCACAAGACAUAUUAACUAAGCAUAAUACAGAGAUAGUAUAGAUUUAGAAUUUAUAAUACUAUGAAAUAAACCAUCUUAAGGGCUCGUUUGCUUGUUGGAUUUGAAAAUGAGGGUUUUGAGUUUUAAAAGUCUUUGGAUUUAUGAUUGAUUUGUUGCAUUGUGGAUUUGGAAGAGUAUAUUGAUUGCUUAGAGGUCGUUUGUUUGUUGGAUUUUAGAAAAUGAAGGAUUUAGGUAAAAUCUUGGAUUUUAUUGAUGAAGGAUUAUGUGGGAUUUUGUUACUUUGGAUUUGUGUUGGAUUUUAAAAAGUGUAUGUUUGCUUGUUGGAUUUCAUAUUAGAUUUGUGUCCAUGUGAUUUAUCAAUUAUGGGUUGAAUUUACAUUUGUAUCCUUAAUGAUUUGUGUUCUUAAUGUUCAAUAUAGGAAAUAUUGAAAAAGAGAUGAGGAUAGACCCAUCAUUUAUUAUCAUGGAUUUUAGCCUCCCACAAAAUUCAAACUAAAUAGGUGUGAUUUUAUAAUCCGUGGACCCCACGGAUUUUGACCUCAAAAUAAUCCCACACACCAUAAUCCAACACCACUUUAACACCAAACAUGGACUUUGUGCAUAAUCCCAUGGAUGUGGGAUUUUGAUCUAUAAUCCAUGAUGAAAAUCCUACAAGCCAACGACCUCUUAGUUAAUUUUUAUCAUGGAUUUAUGAUGGAUUUGUCUCACAAGUUUGCCUUUCAUUAUCAAAUCUCAAAUGAAAUGUGGGAUUUGCACCCCACGGAUUUGGAUCUAAAAAAAGUCCAAAAUUCGUGGGCUUCACGGAUUUGUAUCCCUUAAUAAACAAUAAAUUUGUGUCAAAUACUUCAUACUAUAAUAUUAUUAUCCAAACAUUUGUUUGUUUAUUUUGUUAAAGAUAUUUGUCAGAGAAAGAAAGAGGGAGAGAGAGAAUAGCAGCAGCAUUGCAGCAACAACAACGAAGGUAGAGCUAUAGCCAGGCAUCAGAAAUAUAUAGCAGCUGGCGGAAAAAAUCCCAAAUUAUACAUGUUUUUAAAAAAAAUUCUCAAAAUACACAAGUUAUGAAAAUAAUUCCCAAUCUACGUUAGUUUGGGCCAUCACCGCUUUCGACGAAGACAGUGAUUGCAUCACUGUUGUCAACGAAGACAGUGAUUGCAUCACCGCUGUCGACGAAGACAGUGAUUGCAUCACUGCAGUACACGGCCGCGGUGAAGGCCUGACCUGCGUCGAAACUUUAAACAAACGUAACUUUGUGCUCGGUUAUCCGAUCGUAGCGAAAUUUUUUUUGAUUCCGCAUAAUUUUUUGAGAUCUUGCAAGCCGCAAAUUGCCGUAGGCGGUUUGGUCCCGCCUUCGUCUCGAAAAUAUGUCGUUUGCUACACCGAAUGAGCCUUUUUUCGAUUUCGUCAAACUUUGAACGACCAUAACUUUGUGCUCCACAAUCCGAAAAUCAUGAAUUUUUUUUUGAUUUCGCAUAACUUUUUAAGGACUACAAUUUUUUGAUUUCUCUCCUACUAAAAAUUGUAGUCCUUAAAAAGUUAUGCGAAAUAAAAAAAAAAUUCAUGAUUUUCGGAUUGUGGAGCACAAAGUUAUGGUCGUUCAAAGUUUGACGAAAUCGAAAAAAGGCUCAUUCGGUGUAGCAAACGACAUAUUUUCGAGACGAAGGCGGGACCAAACCGCCUACGGCAAUUUGCGGCUUGCAAGAUCUCAAAAAAUUAUGCGGAAUCAAAAAAAAUUUCGCUACGAUCGGAUAACCGAGCACAAAGUUACGUUUGUUUAAAGUUUCGACGCAGGUCAGGCCUUCACCGCGGCCGUGUACUGCAGUGAUGCAAUCACUGUCUUCGUCGACAGCGGUGAUGCAAUCACUGUCUUCGUCGACAGCGGUGAUGCAAUCACUGUCUUCGUUGACAACAGUGAUUCAAUCACUGUCUUCGUCGAAAGCGGUGAUGGCCCAAACUAACGUAGAUUGGGAAUUAUUUUCAUAACUUGUGUAUUUUGAGAAUUUUUUUUAAAAACAUGUAUAAUUUGGGAUUUUUUCCGCAGCUGGCAGAGAAGAGAGGUAGCAACAGCAGCAAGCUAAGCUAUCCAGCAGUGAGCACUCAGAUCAAAUACAAAAAGAGACAAUAUAUGUAUAGCUUUUAAUUAAGCUACAGUUGCAACCAAUAACCCUUAUAUAAGAUUUGCCUUUUUUUUCUCUCCUCUCCUAAGUUCCUUCCUUCAUUCCUUUCUCUAUGUGUCCCACUCAAUAGUCACAGACAAACUAAAGCUGUUGAUCAUCUGCUUUCUUCCUUCUUCUUGAGUAGUUUAGUUUACUUUUCUCUCUCUUUUUUCUUCCAGUUUCCCUAUUUUGGUCCCCCAGAAGAAGUGAAACAUGUUGAGCAAUGCAAGAGCAGGAAAUAGGUCAUCAUCUUCUUGUUCUUCUUCUCCAUUCACAGCAACACAGUGGCAAGAACUGGAGCACCAAGCUCUCAUCUACAAGUACAUGGUCUCUGGUGUCCCCAUCCCUCCUGAACUCCUUUUCUGUGUCAAGAGAAGCCUCGACUCCUCCUUUUCUUCAAUUGGGUGGGGAUGUUUUCAGGUGGGUUUUGGUAAAAAGGGAGACCCAGAGCCAGGAAGGUGCAGAAGAACCGAUGGCAAGAAAUGGAGGUGCUCCAAAGAAGCAUACCCUGGCUCCAAAUACUGUGACAGACACAUGCAUAGAGGGAAAAACCGUUCAAGAAAGCCUGUGGAAAUCUCUUCUUCUUCAUCCUCUCCUUCUCCUUCCACUGCAACAAAUGCCUCCAGAACCUCACCAAACUGUAACACCACCACCACCACUAGUAAUAACAACUAUUACCAUAAUCCUUACCUAACUUCCUACAACAAUCCUUCACUGAUCAACCCUUUAUCCAUUUCCUCAUCUACAUCAUCACUUGAUUCUGAUGUUCACCAGCAGCAAGCCCCUCUUAAUGGCCACAACUUUCUCAAUAGCACUUUCCUUUAUAACACUAGUACUAAUAGCUCCUCUUGCUCCAAUUCCUCUUCUUGUUCCAAGACCACCACACCUACUCCUAAUCUGUUUAUGGAUUCUCUCUCUUCCUCUCACCCUGCCUCUGACAAAGAUUACAGGUACCUCCAAGGAGUGAGAGAGGAUCAGCAACUUCAUCACCAUCAAUAUGGGUCAUCACCACAGCCAGAGUUUGACAACUUUUACUCAUAUCCAUCAUCUAAACAAGAUUAUCAUAACCAGCAGCAGCAUUGCUUUGUUUUGGGAGCUGAUUUCAAGUCGUCAUCAUCAUCAUCAUCAAUCUCAGCUAUUACCAACAGGCCAUUAAUCAAGGUGGAAGAGAGCAGCAAUCACAAUGAAGAGAUGUCAUCAUCAUCAUCCCACAAGCCAAUGCACCAUUUCUUUGGACUUGGUGGUGGUGGCGGUGCAGAUUCUUGGCUGGAUCUUGCAUCAAGCUCAAGGCCCUCCUAGCUAAUGGUAUAUAUUAAGUGUCUAAUUACAGUUACAGUAUUAACUAAUCAGACCAAUCAUUCAUAAUUGAUAAGAGGAUCACACAGUUUAAAACGUUUGUUGUUUUUCUUUCUUCUUUCUGAUGGUCUGCAGGGGAGCAUUGAUGGAUCUUUUUAGCUUUAUCGGUGGUGCCAAAAGAGUACUUGUUGGUGGUGAUAAAUAUGAUGUAUGUGUGGGGUUUGAGAACUUGUGGCUGGGGAGCAAAAUUUGGGGUUUCUUCUACUGUUGAGCUGCAGUGUUGUUUUGGAUUUAAUAAUGCAGGGUCACAGCAAAAGAAAGAAAGCAGCUUCUUUCUUUUUUUCUGUUUUAGUUUUUACUUUGUGAAAUGAGGGGUAGGGUACUGUUCUGUCUGUUUGUUACCAGCUGGUAAAAGUGAAAGAUCCUUUCUUCACAAGUGUACACCAUCAUUAUGUCAAAACUUAUAUGCAACGUUUUUCCCCGUGUCCAUUAGUAGGGUAGGGAUGGCAAUGGGUAGGGUUGGGGCGGGUUUUGUCAAACCCAAAUUCAUGGGUUUAUCCAUAAAAAAAAUUCAGGGUAAAACCUGUUGGGUUUGAAAAACUCAAACUCAACCCAACCCAAUCCGCUGUGUAUCCGCGGGUUCAUGGGUACCUGUUGUUUUUGUGGUAAAAAAUUUACAAUAACAAGUUUUUUUUCAAAAUAAAAGUUUAACAUCAAUUUUCUCAUACAAAUUAAUCAUACAAUAAACACCAAUCUAGAGCAUACAAGCAAACCGCAAAUGAUCAAUACAAAUUGUUCAAAAUUAAAGAUAAACAUCUAUAAAUAAUAAGAUUAAUUGAAAGUUUCUUCCUUGUAAACUAAGUUUCUUUACUCUCCACUUGAUAAUAUCAACUUCAUUCUAAACAAUUAAAAAGAACAAAUUAUACAUGUCUCCACAAACAUAAAGAACAUUAGUUAUUUAAGGAAGAUAUAUUAUUUAGAAUAUUAAAUAUACCGGGAAAGUAAUUAUAUGUGUGUGAGCGGGUACCCAUGGGGCGGGUUUACCUAAACCCAAACCCAACCUGACCCGGUGAAAAGUGUAGCGGGUUUAAACCCAAACCCGACCCAAAACCCGUCAACACGGGUUUCACCCGCGUUGAUCGGAUUGGGUCGUGUGGAUACCCGUGGGUUCGGGUUUUGUUGCCAUCCCUAAGUAGGGGUGUAUAUGGGUAGGGUGGUUCGGGUUUAGUCAUUUUAAUCACCCGACCCAUGCACUAUGGUUCGGAAAAUAUCAAACCCAAAUCCACACAAAAAAAUUUAAACCCUACGGUUUGUUACUGAUUAGGUUGGGUCGGGUUGGCAAUAUUUUUAAGUAAAAACCCAACCCAACAUAAAAUAUAUAAUUAUUAUACAUCAUAAAAAUAUUUUAUAACUAAUUAAAAUUUCAAACGAAUAAACCGAGGUGAAGAGUAUCAAAAUUCACAAAUGUUGUUUGAAUUUUAAUAAAAUGUGAUUUACUUCAACAUAUGUCUAGUUUUUUUUCACGAUAUUUGUUGAAAUAGGCUAAAAGGGUUAUAAACAAAAGCAUCCAUAAUAUGUUGUUCUAUUAAAAUUGUACAUAAGAAAAAGGAUUACAUGAA